AUGACUGUAGCACAACCUGUUGCUCACCUAACUGCUGAGGAAUACCCAAAAGUCAAGAGAACUGUUGAUUUUAAGAUUCUAGAUCCUACUGAUUUGUCAUAUUUCCAUUCUAUUUUGUCAAACGAUGAAAUAUUAGAAUCGAAGAAUCCUGGAGACCUUGUUUCCUUCAACCAGGAUUGGAUGAAAAAGUACAGAGGCCAAUCCAAUUUAAUUCUCUUGCCAAAUUCUACUGAAAAAGUCUCGAAAAUCAUGAAGUAUUGUAACGAAAAAAAACUGGCAGUUGUACCACAAGGUGGUAAUACUGACUUAGUAGGUGCCUCAGUUCCAGUUUUUGAUGAGAUUGUUCUUUCUUUGAGGAAUAUGAACAAAAUUAGGGACUUUGAUCCCGUUAGUGGGGCUUUUAAGUGUGACGCAGGUGUCGUUAUGCGCGACGCACAUCAAUUUUUGCACGAACACGACCAUAUCUUUCCAUUAGAUUUGCCUUCAAGAAAUAACUGUCACGUAGGAGGUGUGGUCUCAACGAAUGCCGGUGGUUUAAACUUGUUAAGAUACGGUUCCCUACAUGGUAAUGUUUUAGGUUUAGAGGUAGUCCUACCCAAUGGUGAAAUUAUUAGCAAUAUCAAUGCAUUAAGAAAGGACAACACCGGUUACGAUUUAAAACAAUUAUUCAUCGGUGCGGAAGGUACUAUUGGUGUCAUUACUGGUGUAUCUAUCCUUGCGGCAGCAAAACCUAAAGCUUUGAAUGCCGUUUUUUUCGGUCUUGAUUGUUUUGAUACUGUACAAAAAUUAUUUGUCAAGGCAAAGGGUGAAUUAUCGGAGAUUUUAUCUGCUUUUGAAUUCAUGGAUCGCGGUUCCAUUGAAUGCACCAUAGAGUACUUGAAGGACAUGCCAUUUCCUUUGAAGAAUGAACACAACUUUUAUGUCCUCAUUGAGACUUCAGGUUCUAAUAAGAAGCACGAUGACGAAAAACUGAGCGGUUUCCUUGAAGAGACUUUGAACUCAAAGCUGAUCUCAGAGGGAGUAAUGGCUAAAGACAGAGCUGAUUAUGAUAGACUUUGGACUUGGAGAAAAUCUGUUCCAACAGCUUGUAACUCCUACGGUGGUAUGUACAAAUAUGACAUGUCCCUUCAGUUGAAGGAUUUAUAUUCAGUAUCAGAAGCCGUGACAGAAAGGUUGAAUGCAGCUGGUUUGAUUGGUGACGCACCAAAACCAAUUGUUAAAUCUUGUGGGUACGGUCAUGUAGGUGAUGGAAAUAUUCAUUUGAAUAUCGCGGUAAGAGAAUUCACAAAGCAAAUUGAAAACUUACUUGAACCAUUUGUUUAUGAGUAUAUCCAGUCAAAGAAGGGUUCCAUCAGUGCUGAGCACGGUGUUGGCUUCCAUAAAAAAGGAAAAUUACAUUAUUGCAGGAGUGACAUUGAAAUAAGAUUUAUGAAAGAUAUCAAGCAUCACUAUGAUCCCAACGGAAUUUUGAAUCCUUAUAAAUACCUCUGA